AAAAAUGAUGACGACUUUCGCUAGCGCUUCGUAUCAUGGUGGACAAUUACAAUUCUCAAAUAAAUUACCAACGCUGACGCUAUUGUCGAAGAUGUUUCUCUGUCACAUAUUGAACCCACACAUUGAGAUCUACACGACCAAAUCGUUCCGAGGACGGCCAGCCAUCAUCGUCGACAAGCAAAAGUACCUGCUGAUGUCGGAAAACAGCAAGCGGAUCGUAUGGCGCUGCUCCUCUAUGGCAACCGAAAAGCUCAAGUGUCCGGCGCGUAUUAUGCAGUACAAAGACACGGAUCAGUAUACGUUCCCGGACAAAAGUGUCCACCAGCAUGCGCCGCUAAAGCGCUACAAGAACAUUAACUGUCAAUCGUCGAUCGAUAUAAUGAUGCACCACCAUUAACAUAAUACAAAGCGCAGACAAACAAACGCACACAACACCCAUCUGUACUCACACACGCGAAGUUCACGAAGAAUCUACGUUCUUAGUAAAGAAAACGAAUAUUGAUGCCAGGACGUGACCAACCACCAUUUUCACAGCUUCAAUCGAACCAAUCGAGGAAAACAAUGAACACGUGCGCUAUAAUGAACGUUGUGCCAGGUGCAUUGCCAUUCCUUUAAGUAGGGAAGGUUUCGAUGCACCGAUCGUACAGAUGCCAGAUUUUAAAUUCCUGACGACACUUCAAGCCAUUUAGAAAAAAACGAUCAAUUAACAAAAAGAUUAACACUAACUAACCGUUUUCAUUUCGUAUACACACGGGCUUGUUAGAAUAAUUUCAAUUACCACGAAACUGACAAUUCAAUCGAGAAUCAAAUCUCGUUUACCAUCGGCUCCCGUCCAGAAGUAUAGUUUCGCAUUAAUUACUAAACAAAAACGCCCCACCUGUAUUUGUUAGUUUUGCUAAGCAGCCGAUGAUGAUGAUCGAUAGUAGUUGGAAUGGUGUACUGUAUAGCAGCUCGAAUAUGGCCAAGCUCCUUGCUGUACCGCAAAGAAAAGGUCAUUUAGGAAGGGUGACACCAUCAUUUAAAUCGGUUGAGCCGUGUAUGUAAAUAAUUUAAUAAUUUGUGUACCGUGUUAGUGGUGUUUCUGGGUACCCCCGAUGAUGGUACCUUUUCAUUGAUGUGUUGCGGGUAUAUGUUGCAACACGCAAUCACAUAUCCACCCGAGCAAUAUUAUACAAUCGAGCCAAAAGAUUGUAAAUAAUGCUCAACAAAAAGAUGGUUUACAAAACUGGAGGAAUAAACCAAUAAAUGAUUUAUUUUGAAAUGAAAAGGAAAGCUCUUAAUAAAAAAAGAAACAUUGACAACGUU